AGAAGGACUAUUCAUAUAAUGUCCUAUAGCUUCAAGUACAGCUACUGUGAAAGGAUUGUUUUCUUAAAUGUCAGCGAAUGUCAGUGCAGCGGUGAUGAUGGUGGUGGACUCAAUACGGGAUGAGAGUAACUUUACACUCAAUAACAACACAUUGGGUGAGUUAAACCGCUCUAAUGAUGAGUUAGAAACGAGCGAAAACUUUGACAGAUGUCCGAUUUCCCCGUCGGGGCCCCAUUCGAUAAGGCAUGAGAGCGAGGCCCAAGAAGGGAGUGAAUCUGAGAAUCAGUACGACGGAAACGGUAAGAAAAAGCGGAGGAGGAGAAUGAAAGGUGGGAAACAUCAUCGAAAAUGGAAACCUUACGAUAAACUGAGUUGGAAUGAAAGGCGAGAGCUGGAGGAAAGAGAGACAAUGCGUGCAAACCAGAAGCGUGAGGAGGCGUUUGCACAUGGACACCCAGUGGCUCCGUACAAUACAACACAGUUCCUAAUGGAGGACCACAUCAAAAACGAGUCCCUAAAUUCGCCAGACGUGCAAGAGGACGAAGAGGAACACUUGAAUCGGCACGACUCGAGGGAAUCGAGGAGUGGAUCACGGUCUAGUGAUUAUUCGGAUGAGACAACUUCGUCAAGUGAAGAUGAGGAUAAUUUUAUGGAGAAAGAAUUUUCUGAGACUUACAAUAAUAUACACGCUGAAAGACUACAGACAAUGAGCAAAGAUGAACUUAUCAAAGACUAUGUCGAGAUGGAGGCAAAACUUGAACGUUUAGAGAAAAGAUAUAAAAAUAAACGACGAAAGCGCGAGUCGAAGAACAAUAGUUCCGCUUCAUUGAGCAGCGAGGGAGAGGAAUUCGUAGACCUAGAAGUGGCAAGAAAAUUUGAAGAUGAAAAUAAGUUGUUGAAGGACGAAAAUUGUAAGCUGAAAAAUGAGUUAACAAAAAUGAUGAACUAAGUUACAUGUAUGUGAUAAUUUAAAAGUCAAAUUUAAUUGAUUUUUAAUUUGGAUCCGACGGGGAUGUCUUUUAAAGAUGGAACAGUUUGUACCCAAAUACAAUGUAGAUAUUAUCUACUAUUAUGCUUGUUUUACCACUACGAGAAAUGGCACUUGUUUUUGUAACAUUUGUUGGUUUUUAUACAAAUUUAAUUCUCGCAUUUUUGAGAAUGUAUUGAUCAUUCAUUAUUACUUCCUUUUUGGGCAUAGUAAUAUUGAGUUUUGAGGACUGAAGUUAGUCUUUCAGUGAUAAUGUACGUUAAGGCUUUCAACCUUUGCAGUAAUGAGUAUGAAUUAAGAUUAAAAACAAUAAAUUGUAACAUUCAGGGUUGGUCACAACUUGGUAGUACAACUAGCCCAGUAAUUUGUUUUUUUAGUAACAGCAUUGCAACAUUUUUUUUUUUGAAAAUCAAAAUAAUAAAUCUACAUGGAAUAACUAGUAAUGAGUACUUAUUUUUAUUGUCGAUACAAAUGCAAUAAGUAUGUAUAUUGAUUGCAGUUUAUUGAUGAAUCCUUUUGUGAUGUAAUUAAAGUUGCAUGGACAGUUUUCAUAUUGACUAGAAUCUAAUCCUCGAAAGAUCCGAAUCGGAAACGGUCACAGCUCACCUAUUUGAUCCAGAUUUCCAAAGAAAGAUCUGAAUUUUUUUUUUUAAAUUACAUUUUAAUCUAACAAUAGGCAAACUACUCGGGCAAGGUGUCAACAUGGAAUAGAAGCAUAUUGUUUCUCUUGAUUUUUUUUUCUUUUUGUUGUAUUGAGUCGUAAUAGAUAAAUCCACCAAUCCUUAUUUUUUAUUUUUUUAUUUUAAAUAUAGACCAAUGUAACUUGCAAAGGAAAUCUUGUUUUGUUAUCCAAGGCCAAACAAAAUAUAUUUCCUUUUUCUGGUAACAUGAACUUUCUUAGGGCAAUUAUCAUAGAAGCACUAUCGGAGUCAAUAGCUCCUUUACAAAGCGUAUAAAAUUAUUUAAAUUGUUACCCUACUCUAAAUUUUUCUAAGAUGUUUCAGGAGACGCAUGUAGUUUUUGUCUGGUCCUUUGUACACUGGCAAGGUUGAUGUCGUAUUGUAAGGGUUACGUAUACUCAACUUAACGACUAUGUAGUUUUCUAACCCCAAGUUGUAAAAAUAAUGUGAACUCUUGUUUCUGACUUUCAUGAGAGUUGUCCAUUUCCAAUUUUGUUAAAAUUUUGUUUGAUCAAUUGAAAACACCUGCCAGUAGUUUGAACUGAGCUGCUUUCAAAAAAAAAAAAAAUUCUCAAGAAAGUCCUUUGGAGUUUGUCAAAGGAGAGAAAAAAAAUUAUGGAUUAGAAAAGAAAUAUUUGAAUGUAAGUCCAUUUUGAUAGUGAUUAUUUACAAAUGUAAAUCAUACUUCGAAAAUUUGAUCCAUGUCUUGGAAAGUCUCAUUAGCAGUUUAGAAAAAGAAUCCAUAUUAAUUUGUUAUGUAAUGGUGCUAAAUGAAACUUCCAUCAUUUUCAUAACAUUUCUAGAGCUCUCUACACUUUUUUUUUAAUCGUUGGAAUUGAUACAUGUGAAGAUGCUUCUUUGAUUUAAAUGCAAAAGGGCAUUAUUUUAUAUAAAUUGUAUGUUUUAUGAAAAAAAUUGUGUGUUCUACUGAAAGUGAGUUUAAAUGUGGAGGCUUGUACAUGUAUGCAUCGAUGUAAAAAGAAUUUUGAAAAGGGAAAGAGUGCAUGAACCGUACAGCAAAUAAGUGCAGAUUUGAAAGUGAAAAUAUGCUGAAUACAAGAUUACUUCCCCUAUUGGUUGUAUAAGAAGCCCUAGAAUCUGUGGCAUUUUAUUAAAUAUUGACAUCCACAUGUCAUAGUCAUAAGACUUUUUUAUUAAAUUUUUUUUGUUCUCGUUUUCAAUAAAUUUGUAGGUGAAAAUUAAUUUAAAAACCCCAGCAUAUUGUUUACACUUUUUUGUUGUUCAAAGAUGUUUAUUUUUAUACAAAUUUUGUUGUUGACGUAUUACGACGCACAAUUAUUUGUGAAUACAUUCAAUGCUACAAUGUCUUUCCUUUUUCAAGUCAUCAUGCAAGUCGUUUCAUAGUUCAUCAGUUAUUUUUAGUUUGUUGGUGCUUCCUGUUCUGUAUAUUUUGUUCAUGUACAUUCAAUUGUUCAUAAAAAGCAGUAAUUAAUUUUGAAGCAUGCUAAAUACUCUUGUGUUGAUCAAGUUUCUUCAAAAUAAACUUUUUUAUUUGUUAAAGAUGAAACAAUGUAGGGCUUUCAGUUGCACAAUUUGGCCUGUUGCCUUAUAUUGGGAAGAAAAAUAAAGAGUUUGAAGCAUAAAUUUUCAGAAAUAUCCUGAAGAUUUCAAUAAUUGUGUAUGCAUGGUUUAUAGUUUUAUUGAAAAUUGGGCUCCUGAGAGUAGUCAUCGAUCCAAGAAAGCCCUAGAAAAGCCCUGCAAUGUUCAUUGUGCAUGUCUGGAUUAAAAUUAUUUUUACUUGAAAAUGCAAGCAACAUGCAGCAUUGCUGUUCCACAUCCAUGCAGGUAAGUUGUAGAGAAUGUUUUUCCAUAUCGUUCUGUGGUUACAAAUGUCUUGUGUAUCGGAACAAACAUACCAAAUCAUAGAAACCUUUCAAUGGAAAUAUGUGAGAAUCAUUUUCUUAACAUGUACUAAUACCAUAACUUAAAUGUACAGAAAUCUUUUACAGUUUACUUGUAAAUGCCCCAUGAAAUCGUUUACUUUUAUUAUUAAACCACACUAGCAUCUCCAUAAUUCCAUAUCCCUGUCAAAUCCCUCAAAUGUAUGCUUCUUUGUAGACACAUGCAUUUGAUACUAGUGCUAUUUUAAGAAAGCCACAUCUACAUUCUGUUCCUCGUAAUGUGAACUUGAAGCAUUUGUUUGAUAUGACAUAUCACUGAUGUGUUCUUGCAUCCAUCAAAUAUCUUGAGCCCACCACUGCCAAGUAUGUCAGGGGAAGUAACUUGUAGUGCUUAUGCAAAAGUUAUCUUUCCAUAAUGAUAAUUUUAAAGUUUCAGAAUGUUUAGGUUUGAAUUUCUGUUACAAUUUUCUCUAUGUGCUUGAUCAAAUUAAUUUCAUACAAUAUGACUUCGGAUAAAAUAUGUUUAUGGCUAUGCAUAUGUAACAUAUAGACUUCAAUGAUCAUUGUCUGUGUACAUAGCUAAUUGUGAUUGCAAAACAAAGAUUUAAUAUUUUUGAAAAGCCAAGAGAUGUUAAAGUUCCCAAUUUAUUUUAAAGUACUUUCGUUCAUGUUCAAAGCUGUUUGUUUAAACAGUGAUUCCCUUUGACAGGUUGAACAAGGUGACUGCAUGUCAGUAGUCAAAGCUAGUAGAAUUUGAAGAUUCACAAACUGCAAUGCUGCAUCAGGCAAAAUAUUGCUAUCCUUAAACUUUGCUAUGAAAUGAAGUCAUUCAAACCAAGUUGAAUGAAGUCUGUUGAUUAUUGUAUAUAAUAUAUUCCAUAUUUGAGUUGAACAUUUUUGUUGAGGGUUUUUCUUUCAAAUAUAAUAGAAUCUCCUGAUAUUCACACUAAAAUGAGAAGAGACCCUGGCAAUGCACAUGUAGUAGGAAGGUAUAUAGAAGAAAGAAAUCUACUGCAACAAGAUUUAUUUUAGAAUAAUUUGAUGCAUCCCUUUAUAAUGAACUGAUGCAUGUAAUAUAUUGUCUGCUUUGUUCUUGCAAAUAUUAAAACUUUACUACAUUAGGAGAUAACAUAGAAUUUGAAACUAGUUUCUGUGUAUUUUUGGAGAAUUGACAGGAAGUAUAUUCUUACAUCAUGACAUGUAUAAAGUUACAACUAUUUACAAUGUUGACAAUUUUAUUAAAUGAUAAAAACCA